GCUGUCAUGCACAAUUAUUGCUCAAGAGAGGGACAGGACACGGGUCCAUUAUAAAUGCAAAAGUGACACAGCUGUCAGAUGCCAAAUGGGUGCUGGUGCAGUAAUGCUGGAGAGAUUGUUAUUAGACUGAGGAACUCAACAUAAAUUAAAAUGGAUUCAGCAGAUUUUAGAUUUGAUUAUGAAUACUAUUAUUAUGACAACGUCACCUCCUCCGGUAAUUCAACUUCUGAAGAAGUUUCUUUCAACGUCCACACCACCACAUGUUUCACACAAGUUGUUUGUAUGUUGCUGCUGGUUAUCAACGUGAUCAUCUGUUUGCUGGGCCUUGGAGGAAAUGGUGUAGUCAUCUGGAUCGCAGGGUUUGGCAUGAAGAAGUCAGUCAAUACUACUUGGUAUCUGAGUCUGGCCGUAUCUGACUUCAUAUUCUGCGCAUGCUUGCCUUUUAACAUCACCUACAGCGUCACAUCAGAAUGGAUCUUUGGCCUCUUCAUGUGCAAGUUCACAUCCUUCGUCAUGUUCCUCAACAUGUUCAGCAGCAUCUUCCUCCUCGUCAUCAUUAGCGUGGAUCGCUGCGUCGCCGUCAUGUUUCCUGUUUGGGCGCAGAAUCACCGCACUAUCGGAAAAGCGUCUGUGUUAAUCGUACUCGCAUGGAUCGUCUCUGCAGCUUUGAGUAUCCCGUCUAUCGUAUACCGCGAUGUCCAGAGUCACCUAGGCACAAGCCGAUGCAUCAACAACUACACGUCUAGCCAGUACGGCCAUGAAGUCAUUGCCAUGAGCCGUUUUGUUUUCGGAUUUGUGAUCCCAUUCAUCCUCAUUAUUGUUUGUUACACCGUCAUCAUCCUCAGACUCAGAGCCACUCAGAUGGCAAAGUCCAACAAACCGUUUAAGAUCAUGACGGCUCUCAUUCUGACCUUCUUCCUAUGCUGGCUGCCGUACCACACGUUUGUGCUAAUCGAAGUAAACCAAACCUUCCACGUUGAGGUCAUUAUUAAUGGACUAAAAAUUGGCACCACUAUCGCUGCCGCUAACAGCUUCCUAAACCCCGUUUUGUACGUUUUCAUGGGCAAUGACUUCAGGAAGAAAUUCAGAAGCUCCAUCUUAUCAAAGAUUGAGAAUGCUAUUGGAGAAGAAGGCCGAACGAUCAGUCGCUACCUGUCUCGCUCCAGCUCAGUGGAUGCUAGGACAUCCACUCAUAUCUAAACAAUAAACUGGAAGUACUUUUUGCUUUGUUUUUUUUCAGCAGGGCUGUCAGUUUAAUGCAUUUAUCUAGUAUGAUUAAUUGUAAAGUAAACUGAACUAAAAUAACACAUGUAAGUGUGCCUCCUGACUGUACAUUCCAUACUAAGGAAAAAAAAAACUUAAAAGUUUUAAAUAGAAAAAAAAAGAUUAUUAGUUAAUGUUUUAUAAGAAAGUAUGAUUCAUGUUUAAUUCAGUGUUACUUGAAUUUUCUUUGAAAUUGUUUGUAAAAUUUAAUAGCAACUGGAUGAAAACCUACAUUUUUUAGUGAACUGAGCCAGAAGGCCCCAAACUUUGCUACAAAUGGCCAAAAAGUAGAAUCCGAAAAGUAAAUGUUGCAUUAUGUCCAUCAGGAUAAGACAACAUUUGGCUGGGAUACGGCUAUUUUAAAAUCUGGAAUCUGAGGAUGCAGUUCUUAGCAAUACAUAUUACUAGUCAAAAAUUCCAUUUUGAUAUGCUUAAGGUAGGAAAUUUACAAAAUAUCUUCAUGGAACAUGAUCUUUACUUAAUAUCCUAAUGAUUUUUGGCAUAAAAGAAAAAUUGAUCAUUUUGACCCAUGCAAUGUAUUUUUGGCUAUUGCUACAAAUAAUACCUGUACUACUUAAAUUUUGUGGUCCAUGGACACUUUUUUUUAUUAUCCCACAUUAUGGUCACAACUUUGACAUCUCUGAGCAAUUUAAGCUUAAAAUGCCACCUUGAUUGUAUUUUACUAGAUGCACUGUUGCAUUCUAAACUGCUAGAGUGCAGCAAAAUUACACAUUUGAAACUACAUUUAACCUGACUUUCACCACUGCAUCGAAAACAUAGAUGCGAAAAAGGUGAUGCAAUAACCAAAACAUCUGAAUAAAAACAUUUUAUAUGUACACAGACCAAAAAUGAGGUGAAUGUGGAAAACCUGUUCCGUUCUGACCUCUGAAGUCAUGUUUAUGAUCAGUGAUAUGGAAUUAAAACUGUAUUUUGACUUUCUUUGAA